AUGGUGGAAGUGGAGGUGUCGGCGUUGAAUCAGGCGGUGCUGUCCUUGACAUGCUCCUUCUUCGUCCUUUCCUUCAUCAGUCUCUUCAUGAUGAGCUAUGUUCAGAAGGGCAAUCCCAUCACCACCAACUUUAACAAGAUUGCGCUUCUGGUCACAGCCACUGCUGGCACCGUCUACUUCUGCAUGGCCAUGGGCUUUGGCAUCACCAAGGAUGCCGCUGGCCACGUGUAUUGGAUUCGCUAUGUGGAUUGGAUGUUCACCACACCCUUGAUGCUCAUCGAGCUCGGGAUUUUGGCUGGCGCGCAGCCGACGCAAACAAUUACUUUAAUUGUCCUUGACGAACUCAUGUUGGCCUUCGGAGUUGGUUCCUCAUUUUCCGUGGAAGGCAGAUGGCCCUUCUUCAUGGUUGGUCUCUUGUUGUACUCUGCGGUAUUCUUCAAACUCUUCACCUCGCUUCAAAACCAAGCGAUGUCACAAGGAGGAGACCGAAAGGUCUUGUACACCUUUGUCGCCAACCGCACGGCAGAGAUUUGGUGCAUGUAUCCGGUGAUGUUUGCCUUGUGCGAGUGCACCAAAACCUUUCCUGAGGAGAUCGAAGUGGCUGGCUAUGCCAUUGCAGAUACCUUUGCGAAGUGUGGCAUUCCCAUGAUGGUGUGGGUGUCCAGCCUGGGAGGUGCCAAGGAACCGCGAGUUGAGCCAAUCUUGGAGGAGGAAGCAGCAACUCCCUGA